AUGCCGGUGCAGCUACUGGAGGGCAGUCUAUCGGCGGCCACAGAUGUGCGCGCGCAGAGUGAAGCUCGGCUGACGGAUCUGUUGCGUACUCCUGGCUUCGCUCUUCAACUGGGUGAAUUCCUCUUCUCCGCUGAGGCGUCGGAGGCGCAACGUCAGUUGUCCGCACUGCUCCUCAAAAAGCUCGUGACGUCCUACUGGAUCGCCAGCGAGGAGACUACCUACGUAGUUCCAGAGAACGAGAAGACGCAGGUCAAGCAGGCUCUCGUGCUGGCUCUGCAGCAGCGUCUGGAGCUAUUUGCCGGCAGCAAACUUCAAACCGCACUGUGUCUCAUCUUGACCGCUAUCUUCGAGCGGGACUGGCCUGACCAAUGGACGGAGAUCCUGCCGGCCAUUAUGGCCAUGGUCUCAGGUCAAGAUAAGCUGCGCAUUGACUUUGCUGUGCGCUUUCUAUCGCUCGCAGGGGGUCAUUUCUCCAGUGAUAAUUGCUGUGAGCUCGUGGCCUCCGUUUUCCCGCACUUACGUCGGGUUUUCGUGCUCACAAACGAGUUCCCGGCCGGUACCCGAUCCAGAAUCGCUCGCAUCGUACAGAGUAGUCUGCUUAUGGUGGGUAUGGAGGCCCAAGUAGGCAACGCCACGGCCCGUCAGCUGCUGCAUGAGAACACGACGCAAUGGAUCGCUCUAUUCCUCGAACAACUGGCCGCACCAGUGCACAACGUCAAGGACUAUUCGAUCAAGAUCCAGAUCUUGACGACGCUCGCGAGUUUUGUGCGUGAAUGGCCCAAGGAGAUGACGGAUCUCAUGCCUCAGAUCAUGCCUCAAGUCUACGGCCUUAUGCUCAACGACGCUGAAGCUUACGAACAUCAAGUGGUUCUCAACUCUUCAGAAGAAGAGGAAGGCUACGACAGUGAUGGAGAGGGCGCUCUGAUUGGUCGAAGUGCCAUGAUCGUCGCUGCCUUUGAGUUCGUGCGUGGCGCCAUCCAAGCCCCCACCAAGAAGACCCGACAGCUCAUUGUGGGUGGAUUGGCCGACUUUGUGUUCGUUAUGAUUGGAUACAUGCAGAUCACAGUGAGUCAGAUGGAGGCGUGGCAGGAGGAUCCUAACAAGUACGUGGCUGAUGAGGACGAUGAGAGUCUGGCAUUUAACGUACGUAACGCAGCGACGGACUUGUUGACGGAGCUGGAAGCUGUGCUGGGACGCAAGGCUGUUGUGGCUGCAUUGGAUGCCGCUCAACGUCGUCUUAAGGCUGAGAAUCCCAACAAUUGGCGACUCCAAGAAGCGGCGUUGCUGGUUGUUGGCUGUUUGGCUGGACCGACACUUGAUGCUAUCAGUAAGAACGCUGCUGAUAUCUCCCAGUUGCUGGAUCUAUCGGCGUUCUUGCAGACGUUGUUCAAGGUCAUGAAUGCAGGCAUGGGGACGUUGCUGAUCACGAUUCGACGCACAGCGUUGCCACCGCCAUAA